AUCUCUCUAGGGAGGAAGGGACAAACAGUGCUGCUCCCCGAAGAGUGAGCAAGAGGGUAGUUUAGGGGAACAAGAGAUAAAGCUACAAGUGCCUGGUGAGGGUUCUGAGCAAGGAGUGUAGGCAGAAGUGUCUGGAAAUAGGCAGACGUGAGAGACGCGGUUACGGGAAGGGCCAGGAAACGUCACUCUUUGAAGAAGGAGCAAUAGCAAUAGCAGGGAUCCCAAGAAUCCACAGACACCACAUAGUGACCGAGGAAGGGCGCACAGGCAGUGAGGGCCGGCCGGAAACAGGGCCACAGCAAGGCAGGCACCAGAGCGCCGCGGGAUGAACUUCACCGUGGGUUUCAAGCCGCUGCUAGGGGAUGCACACAGCAUGGACAACCUGGAGAAGCAGCUCAUCUGCCCCAUCUGCCUGGAGAUGUUCUCCAAGCCCGUGGUGAUCCUGCCCUGCCAACACAACCUGUGCCGCAAGUGUGCCAAUGACGUCUUCCAGGCCUCUAACCCUUUGUGGCAAUCCCGGGGCUCCACAACGGUGUCUUCGGGAGGUCGUUUCCGCUGCCCAUCUUGCAGGCACGAGGUUGUCCUGGACCGCCAUGGGGUCUACGGCCUGCAGCGGAAUCUGCUAGUGGAAAAUAUCAUUGACAUCUACAAGCAGGAAUCCUCCCGGCCGCUACACUCCAAGGCGGAACAGCACCUCAUGUGUGAGGAGCACGAGGAGGAGAAGAUCAACAUCUACUGCCUGAGCUGCGAGGUGCCCACCUGCUCUCUGUGCAAGGUCUUUGGGGCCCACAAAGACUGUGAGGUGGCCCCGCUGCCCACCAUCUACAAACGCCAGAAGAGUGAGCUGAGUGACGGCAUCGCGAUGCUGGUGGCAGGCAAUGACCGGGUGCAAGCAGUGAUCACACAGAUGGAGGAGGUGUGCCAGACCAUUGAGGACAACAGCCGCAGGCAGAAGCAAUUUUUAAACCAGAGGUUCGAGAGCCUGUGCGCGGUGCUAGAGGAGCGGAAGGGCGAGCUCCUCCAAGCGCUGGCCCGGGAGCAAGAGGAGAAGCUGCAGCGUGUGCGGGGCCUCAUCCGUCAGUACGGAGACCACUUGGAGGCCUCCUCUAAACUGGUGGAGUCCGCCAUCCAAUCCAUGGAGGAGCCGCAGAUGGCUCUCUAUCUCCAGCAGGCCAAGGAGCUGAUCAACAAGGUCGGGGCAAUGUCGAAGGUGGAGCUGGCAGGACGGCCAGAGCCAGGCUAUGAGAGCAUGGAGCAGUUCUCGGUGAGCGUGGAGCACGUGGCCGAAAUGCUGCGGACCAUCGACUUCCAGCCCGGCGCCGCGGGUGAUGAAGAGGAUGAGGAAGUGGCUUUGGACGGGGACGAGGGCAACGCAGGGCUGGAGGAGGAGCGGUUGGAUGGGCCAGAAGGUCUGCACUGACCCGACCCUGAUCCAGAGCUCGCUCCCGCAGUAGGAAGCAAGAGAUGCUGAGGAUUUGCGCAGAGACCACAGUGCCACCCAGCUCUGCGACCCACCCCCGGGAAGGUUCUCAAUAAAGGACUCUUGCCUUGUCCCACGUCCUAGGCCCCUUUCGCUG